GUAUUAUUUUUGCUGAUUAAAGGUAAAGUUCAUUUCUACUUUACUAAGAGGGCUGGUCUGCGUUCCUAAUUCCCUCAAACCCUGAAAAAAAUGGAAGCUUUAGCAUCCAGUGUUGAUGCGAUGCUCUCCGCUCUCUCCAGUUUUAUUUCUGAUCAAUCGCCCGCUUCGGAGUUUCUCAACUUUGCCUGGAAAAAGCAGUUUUUCUCCCAACUCAGCAUGUGGGAGACUCUUCUGCCCGAAAUCAAUGCCCUGCCCCCUGACGCACAACAAAACCACACCGCCAGUCAUGCCCUCAAACUCUGGCUCUCCGAUUUAACAGGCCUUGCUUACGAUACUGAAGACGUCAUUGAUGAAAUUGACACCGAGGUCCAGCGCCGGAGAAUACUAGGACACACCCAAUCUGGCACCACCAGCAAGGUACGCUUCUUAUUUCCCCCAUGUUGUGCUGGUUUCAAUUCAAGUGGCAUUAAGUUUAGCGGGCGGCUGGGGGCAGAGAUAGAAGAUAUCACUACUAGAUUUCAACAGAUUCUUGAGCAAAAGAAUGUUUUGAAGUCGGGGGGGAGAGGUGGCCGAGGGAAAUUGGAGACAAAAAGGGAGAGGCUGCGCUCCGUUUCUUCUCUUGAUGAUGAAUCUCGGGUUUUUGGCAGGGAACAGGAUAAACAAGUCAUUCUUGAACGGUUAAUGGAUGGUAAAACUGGUGUGAUUUCAAUUGUCGGAAUGGGUGGUGUGGGCAAAACCACGCUUGCUCAAGUGACUAGGACUCUGCUGCAGGGUGUUACUUCGGAGAGUCUCGAUUCCAAGGACUUCAAUUCGCUUCAAGUGAAACUAAAGGAGAUGCUUUCUGGAAAGAAGUUUCUGAUUGUUUUGGAUGAUGUUUGGAAUGAGAACUAUGUCUAUGAGGAAUGGGAGGUUCUGCGCACACCCUUCGUGGCAGGAGCACCUGGGAGUAAAGUACUUGUAACCACUCGAAAUGAAAGGGUUGCAUCCAUCAUGACCACAUAUCCGGUAUACCAUCUGCCCGUGUUGUCUGACGAUGGUUGCGUUUUGUUGUUUGUCACACAUGCUCUUGGUGCUAGUAAUUUUGAUGAACACCCGAAGCUAAAAGGAAUUGGUGAAGAAAUAGUGCGCAAGUGCAAAGGCUUACCACUGGCAGCCAAGACUUUGGGUGGGCUUCUGCAUGGUAGAGUAAAUUCUGAUGAGUGGGAAGAUUUGUUGAGGAGUGAGAUGUGGGACAUACCAGAAGAAAGGAGUGGCAUCCUUCCUGCUCCGAUGUUGAGCUACCAUUAUCUUCCUACUUAUUUGAAACGAUGCUUUGCCUAUUGUGCCAUAUUUCCAAAGGACUAUGAAUUUGACAAGAAUGACUUGGUUCUACUAUGGAUGGCUGAGGGUUUAAUACAACAAACAAAGGGAGAAAAACAAAUGCAAGACAUAGCUCAAGUUGUUGCUGGAGAAAUUUGCCUUCAUUUUGAGGAUACCUUUGAAGACAAGCCACGUGCAUUGUUGCAAAGCCUCGUCAUUUGUCAUUCACUCGCCACCACAUGCUAUUACAUAAGUAGUGAUGUGUUACAGGAUUUGCUGGCAAAAUUAAGAUGCUUAAGGGUGCUAUGUUUGAGUGGAUACGGCAUAGAUGAAAUACCAUAUUCUAUUGGUCAUCUGAAGCAUUUGCGGAAGCUUACUCAGCUACCACAAGGUAUUGAAAAUCUAAUUAACCUUCUUGUCCUUGAGCUUACUGAUACUGAGAAAUUAGUGGAGAUGCCAUUGCAAAUAGGCAAUUUGAAAAAUCUUCAGGUUUUGUCCAAAUUAAGUGUUGGAAAGGACAAUCGGUUUGGCAUUAGAGAAUUGAAGGACCUGAAACAUUUAAAAGGGGAGCUUUCUAUUACUGGAUUGGAAAAUGUGGUGAAUGUUCGAGAUGCUAGGGAUGCUAAUCUAAUGGACAAGCGUGGUAUUGAUGGCUUAUGUUUGAAAUGGAGUGAGUUCCUUGAUCAUCAAAAUGAAGAAGGUGAAAUGCGUGUUCUUCCAACGCUACAACCUAAUAAGAAUCUGAAAGAUCUUACAAUUUCAUUUUAUGGUGGUAAAAGAUUUCCUUCUUGGUUAGGAGAUCCCUCAUUCAAGAAUAUUGUGCACAUGAAGCUUAAUGACUGCAGUAAAAGCGUGUCACUUCCAUCACUUGGGAGACUGCCAUCAUUGAAGAAGUUGUUCAUCCAAGGCAUGAAUGGAGUCAAGAAGGUGGGUCUUGAGUUUUAUGGAGAUGAUUUGCCUGCUACUGAGAGGUUUCUGUCAUUGGAAAUUCUGUGGUUUCAGAAUAUGUUAGAAUGGGAACAUUGGUCUUCCACUCAUAAAGGUGAUGAAGAUUUAGCUGAUGAAUUUCCUUCUCUUCAUGAGCUCAUGGUACAAAAUUGUCCAAAGCUGACUGGGGACCUACCAAGACACCUUCCUUCCCUUGUGAAGCUUAUCAUUAGUCACUGCCCAAAGUUGGAGGGUUCACUUGUGAGCCUCCCCUCCCUUUGUGAAUUAAAUAUUGAAGAUUGCAACAAGGUGCAACUGAAAAAUUUUGUUCACCUUACUUCCUUAAUAACACUGAGACUCCGAAGUAUUAGGGACCUUGCAUGUCUGCCGCAAGAGAUGCUAGAGUCUCUAGGUGCACUUCAAAGCCUUGAUGUUUCCAAUUGCACUGAACUGACAUCUCUGUGGCAGAAGGGUACUAGACUGAAAAACAUUGUUUCUCUUGAGCAUCUAAAAAUUAAGGGCUGCUCCAGAUUUGUGUCUCUCAUAGAAAAUGAGCAAGGUCUUUGUAGUACUUCAGAGGAUAAUGACUUGAUCAACUGUUGCAACUUGGAGAAACUGACUCUCAGAAGUUUGCAAAUUGAAUCAUGCCCGAAACUUGUAUCCUUUCUUGAGACAGGUUGCUUGUCCAGACUUAAACAUCUUAAGCUCAAAGAUUGUGCAGCUCUUAAGAACCUGCCUGAUUGGAAGAUGAUGCUUAAUUGCAGGACUAGUGAUUGUCUUCUUGAAGACUUGGAGAUUGAAGAAUGUCCUUCCCUGACAUGCCUUCCAGGAGGCAAUAUGCUUACCAGCUUGGAGAUUGAUAAUUGUCCAUCUCUAACAUGCUUUCCUGAAGGCAUAUUACCAUUUAGUCUUAAAACACUGAAAAUUUGUGAUUGCUCAAAGCUGGAACCACUUCCACAGCAGCUGCUGCACAACAAUGCAUCACUUGAAUACAUCUAUAUGCGGAACCAUACAACUCUCAGAAGUUUGCCAGAAUGCCUAUAUAGCCUCACACAUCUGACUGAGUUAACUAUAAGUAAUUGUCCAGCUUUAAUCUCACUUCCAGAGCCAGGCCUCUCACCCACUUUGAAAACCUUAGAAAUCUACAGUUGUGCCAAUCUCAAAUCUCUACCUGAGAGGAUGCAAAAUCUUGCCUCUCUUCAAUAUCUAACAGUUUGUGACUGUCCAUGUCUUGUGUCGUUUCCCAAAGGGGGUUUGUCCCCUCAACUAUUGGUACUGGAGGUCUGGGAUUGCAUGAAUUUGAAGGAGCCAAUGUCAGAGUGGAACCUACACUCUCUAGCCUCUCUUAAAGAGCUCAUCAUUGUUGGUGCACUGGAUACAGCUUCCUUCCCAGAUGAAAAGUGUCUGCUUCCUACAACCCUCAGUUCUAUAGUCAUUUCUAGACUCAACAGUCUGGAAUCUCUAUCCACAGAACUGCAAAACCUUACCUCUCUUGAAGAGCUAGAAGUCAGCGAUUGUCCAAAGCUUCGAGAGUUGCCAAGGGAAGGAAUGCCUGCAAAACUUGGAAAACUUUCUAUCAGAAACUGUCAACUUCUACAACAACGCUUAAAGAAGAAAAGGACAUAUUGGCAGUUGAUAGCCCACAUCCCUUGCAUAGAAAUAGAAUGGCAGAUUGAAUUCAGAAAAGACCCAGCAGUCAACUGUUGCAAGUGGGCUGUUUUUUGGUAUCAAAUUGUAGGAGGCUGGUCGUGAUGGAUUCUGGCUGGAUUAUGAAUGUAUUUUAACGCUAAAUUUAAAUACAUUUUCUCCGUCAAACUUGGUAUUACAGCAUGCUACAUACAGAGGAAAUAAAACACAUUUUAGCUUGAACGCUGCUUUGUGGUCCAUCUAUACUUGUAUUCGAGGUAAUCUAUCUUCUUUUUUACCUCAAACACUUAACAGGAUUGAGGCAUCAUGUAAUAACUUUGGUUUGCUGUUGGGUUUCUGCUAAGAGAAAUUAAAGAUCCCAUGCAAGUUGCCUAAUUAAUGUCCACAUUGCCA